AUGCUGCUGGACUAUUCAAAGUCGCGAUAUGUUGUGCUGGGCUUUCUCUUGGCUCUCGGAUCGACGUGUGCGCUGGCCGCACCUCUCCAGGUGAGCCUCUCCAGCAACCCGACAACAUGCCAAUCAACGACGAUCUCCUGGGAUACGUCGGCAGGCACGGCACCUUGGACGGUCACAGUAGCACCGCUUGGUCACGUACCCAUCUCAGUGACGCUGCCAUCCAACUAUAUGCACGGGAAAACGUGGAGUUGGGACUGGGAUGUUCCCGGCUACGCAACAGCCGUAUCUUCGGUCAUUGUCGCGGUCUCGGAUAGCACGGGUGCCGUGUCAGGGACCUCUGCUUUGUCCAAGCUUACCAAGGCAGGCUCGUGUUCGGCGCCGCCAGAGCAUCUCGAUUUUGUCUGGUAUCCGCCAUCUUCUAGCCCGAGACAGUGCAAUGACUGGCUCCUCACAGUACAAGAGGAUCGCGGCAAUCUCGGCCUCAAGAUGCCAGUCGACCUUCUCAUUCUACCCGAGAACGAUUCGCCGACCCGUCUUCGCAUCACCGACGCAAAGAAGAGCAGCGUUGACUGGACUGUCAACUAUGCUCGUGGCACUAGCUUUGUCAUUGCCGCUUUUGACGCCGGAACCUCGGGGACGGGUGGAGUCGGCGGCCAGACAUACACCGUCGAGCACGGCAAGUCGACCUCGUGUAUCGAGACCAGCCAGCGCGAGGCAGUAGCUGGUCUGCCAGCAGCCUCGAGUACAGCCGCUCCUCUGUCAGCAGCCACGCCUACGGCCGCCGCGUCUCGCAUGGCCACUUCCCGUGUGGCCGCAUCAGCGACCAGAACCAACGCCAAGACCUCGGCUACUGCAACUACUGCGGACAACGUAGCUGCCACUCAGAAAAAAUCUAGUCCUUCUGGUGGCGUCAUUGGUGCAGCUGUCGGCGGCGUUCUGGCGGCGCUUGCUGUUACUGGACUCGUCAUCUUUUUCUACAGGAAGCAGCGCAGCAACAAGGGCCCGGACGAGUAUGGCGUCUAUCCGAGUACCGAAAAGCGUUCUUUCUUCGGUGGGCUUGGAUCGGGUCGUUCCGCCAACCGCGAUGGCUUCAGUGGUCGAGGUGCUGGAGACGGCGGCUUCGGCGCAUCGACUGAUCGACAAGGUGGCAUUUCGCCCUUUGUUACGGGACGCGCCUCUCCGUGGCGAUGGUCUUCCCGUCAGCCUGUCGGGCUCUCCGACCACCAGGACAUGGCGCAGAUUCAAGACGAGCGCAGAGCCAUUGCCAACCGCAUGAACAGUGAACCACGACCAAUGGGGCACAGCAGCUCAGUCAGCUUGCACAGAAGUGGAGAUUCGAUCAAUGCAUCGGGAGGCGUUGGUCUCAACCUUGCUCCCAGCGUACACUCUGUGGUUCCAGACGAUGCGCUCUUCCCGCCUCCCAUCACUGUCAACAGGAACAUGAUGCCAAGCAACAGCGGCUCGAUGGGCAACGUUGGAGCUGGUCUCGGUGCAGGCACUGCUGGGGCGAUCGGCAUGAAGCGACAUUGGAAUCGCGACCGUUCGGACUCGGACAGUUCGUAUCGACAUCAACACCAGCACGAUCCAUUCCAGAACCCCGCAAAUGUCGUCCCCACACCCAAACAGGCACCUCUACAGUCAGCGCAACAACAACAACAACAACAACAACAACAGCAGCAGCAGCAGCAGCAGCAGCACCAAUACCAGCCACGGCAACAUCCAGCGUCACGCGAUUCGAUGGCGGCCAUUGCUGGCCUUCCGCUCUCGCCGUCUUCCAACUACUCCCACGCCGGAGUCACCGCUUCACGCGAUCUCACAGGCACUAUACCCAUGCAGUCGUCGUCUCAGUACGGCGUUGAACACCAAGACCUGUCGACGAUGCGUAUCGCACCGCCUGCACCCGUCACCACCUCCUUGUUCGAUCCAUACGCCCACGCAUCGCGUCUCUACUCGGAUCAGAAGAUCGCUCAUCUCAAUGCCGCUCUCGCAAAUGGGCAGAACGAUCGAGCACUCGCUACAACUCCCACAUCCGUCCAAUCGCACAACAGCGCUCCCAGGUAUGCUGACCCAAAGGAAUCGGCUGCCAGGUUUAGGACGUUGGAUGAUCAAUUGCGUAAUGACAGGAAGAAGGUUGUUUCGAGCGUCUUUGCGCACGAGGACGAUUCGGACGAUGAAGGUGGAUUGCCGUACAUGUAG